UCAAAUUCGAAUACCUUUCGUUCGGACUGUUUUGUUUUCGAACAUCUUUCAUUCGAAUCAAACCAAACGUCAAACCCACUUUGUUUAUGAAGGAGUGAAUAAUUUCCGCAGCGGAUGAGCGGUGAACUGCAAAAAUGGAAAAAAACAAAAACAAAACAACCACUAAAAAUCAGUUCGAGCGGAUUGUGCUGCUUCUGGAGCAAGAGCCGGACAUAGCAAAGGGUUUCUCCCGAGGAAAUUCCGGACCCUUCUGGGAUGAUCUGGCGGCAGAAGUCAAUAGUUUGGGACCGCCUAUUCGCGAUGGAAGUGGAUGGAAAAAGGUUUGGGCGGACUAUAAGUCCGGAUUAAAGCGAAAACUCGCUCACAACAAACGGGAGCAGAGGGCGACAGGUGGAGGACCCAAUAAAAUUAUCAAUUUGUCCGAGCUGGAGGAGCAGGCAGUUCUACUAACUGGGUUACUUGCGACCGUGGAAGGAAUCCCGGGUACCUCAUCUCAUGGAACACAGUUGGGUUCGCCUUCGGGUGAACCUCAAGCUGCAGACCAGGAAAAUUUUAUAUAUUAUGGUACUUCCGACGAGUGUGACGGUAUCAAUAAUACCAUUCACUUCCAGCCCUCUCAGCCGAAAAAAUCCAGACCUUCUACCACGAGGCUAUUAGAGCUGCAAGUCGAGCAACAAAACAAAUUUCACACCAAUGUGAAAUCCCUGUUAAAAAACACAAACAAGAAUUUGAGUGAUCUGGUUCAUUAUCAGCGCCAAUCAGCUCGAGCGAUUCUUUCCGUGGAUGCCACACUCAAAGAACAUCUGAGUGAACAAAAACGACAUAACCACGAGAUGGAGAAGAUCGCGCUGGAGAAAUCAAUAGCGACAAAUCCUUGAAACGCAGAUUGCGUAUAUUUCAGAACAUUAGAAUAAUGUUUCAAAAUAUCAGUGAUCUGAUUUUUUAUCUUUAUAUUGUAACUCAAGUAUAAAAAAAUGAAAAAAGUUCUAAUCGUAUUUUUAUAUCUUUCCAUGGAAGAAAAAUCUUACUUAAUUUUUUCUUUGAAGUUUGUUUGGAAUAGCAUCAAAAUUAUAUAAACUUUUUUAAAAUUCACGAAUUUCGCCUAUAGUUUAUGGAACUUCCUUAACCCCUUCACGUACAACAUUGAACUUCACUCGUUGUUUCUCGAUGUGAAAUAAUUACAUAGCUUCAGGCAUAUGAUGAGGAUACCGACAACUGAAGAUUAUCAAAUUUCCGUUAUUUAAAAAAAAAAUUGAAUGAGCUAAAAAUAUAAAAUAUAAUUUGAAUAUUAUAAUUAAAAUAAAAACGAACGAGUUAGUACGUAGUAAUAACUCCUUCGUUUUUAUUUUAAACACAACAUGUAUUUGCUCAUCAUAGGGCACCCAUGUUAGAUACCCACACUCAGCAGAGUAGCGGAACGACUCGAAGUGCUCGUUUUGGGCCGUGCUGUUGGAAAUUAAAUCGUACAGCAAGGGGUUAAAACAACGCAAAAAGUAUUAACAAUGGUUAUUUGAAUACUUGGCCUGCUUACGAGAAAUCGAUAAUGACAUGUUCUCAAAGUGU